UUUCCCCCGGACUUGGAAAGUCACCCAAAGCCGCCCCAAGUGCAGGCAAGCAGACCUUGCUGACUGAAGGCAAAGACCCUCUCCAUCCCACCUGCCCUGGCAGCCGUCACGGCCAUCAACCCCUCCCAUAGAAGGAGGUCCUGCAGCUCCAGUGGUGUGCGUUGGAAUGAACUUCGGACCCUGGCCUCUUGGGAUGCAAAGGAUGAAGUGACGCCUCUGCUGCAAGAGAGGAGCCUCUAGGACCCGCUACGAGAGUUUGGGACCAAAGAGAGGAGAAUGGAUCUUGGUACAGCUGAAGGCUCCCGGUGCACCGACCCGCCCGCAGGCAAGCCCUCGAUGGCAGCCAAGCGCAAAGGCGGCCUGAAGCUCAAUGCCAUCUGUGCCAAGCUGAGCCGCCAGGUGGUGGUGGAGAAGGGAGCGGAGACUGGCCCCCACACUGAGGGUGGCCUGCUUCGGCUCCGGGACAAAGAACGCAGUGACCCCGAGGUGGGGGGUGCCCGGGCCCCCCGAAGCGAGGAAGACAAGAGGCGGGCGGUGAUCGAGAAGUGGGUCAACGGGGAGUACAGCGAGGAGCUGGCGCCCAUGCCCGUGUGGGGGCGGAUUGCCCGAGAGGGCCUGGAGCUGCCGCCCGAGGGCGUCUACAUGGUGCAGCCCCAGGGCUGCAGUGAUGAGGAAGACCCCGGCGAAGAGCCCUCCAAGGACAGCAGCGUCGUGGCGGAGAAGGACUCAGAUGGGGCAGCCUCCAAGGAUGACAGCGGCCCCAGCGCCAAGCAGGCUUCAGGAGAGGCCUCCUCCCUGCGGGACUACGCGGCCUCCACCAUGACGGAGUUCCUUGGCAUGUUUGGCUACGACGACCAGAACACAAGGGACGAGCUGGCCAGGAAGAUCAGCUUCGAGAAGCUGCAUGCGGGCUCCACCCCCGAGGCAGCCACCUCCUCCGUGCUGCCCACCUCUGAGGACGCCCUCAGCAAGCGGGCACGUUUCUCCAAGUACGAGGAGUACAUCCGCAAGCUCAAGGCCGGCGAACAGCUCUCCUGGCCGGCCCACGGCACCAAGGCCGAGGAGCGGGCAGGCAAGGAGGUGGUGGGCCCCUUGCCUGGCCUGCGGCUGCCCAGCAGCACAACACACCUAGAGACCAAGGCCACCAUCCUGCCCCUGCCAUCACACAGCAGUGUCCCCAUGCAGGGCCUGGUGGCCCGUGCCUCCAAGUAUGACUUCUUCAUCCAGAAACUGAAGACGGGUGAGAACCUGCGGCCCCAGAACGGGAGCACCUACAAGAAGCCAUCCAAGUAUGACCUGGAGAAUGUCAAGUACCUGCACCUCUUCAAACCUGGGGAGGGCAGCCCUGACAUGGGUGGGGCCAUUGCCUUCAAGACAGGCAAGGUGGGGCGCCCCUCCAAGUACGACGUCCGGGCCAUCCAGAAGCCGGGCCCCACCAAGGUUCCGCCCACCCCCAGCCUGGCUCCUGCACCCCUCAGCAGUGUGCCCAGUGCUCCCAGCGCCCCCGGGCCAGGCCCCGAGCCAGCUGCCUCCCUGCCCUUCAACACGCCCGAGUACCUGAAGUCGACCUUCUCCAAAACAGACUCCAUCACCACGGGGACCGUCUCCACUGUCAAGAAUGGAUUGCCCACAGAUAAACCAGCUGUCACCGAAGACGUAAACAUUUACCAGAAGUAUAUUGCCAGGUUCUCGGGCAGUCAGCACUGUGGCCACAUCCACUGCGCCUACCAGUACCGCGAGCACUACCACUGCCUCGACCCCGAGUGUAACUACCAGAGGUUCACGAGCAAGCAGGACGUGAUCCGGCACUACAACAUGCACAAGAAGCGUGACAACUCCCUGCAGCACGGCUUCAUGCGCUUCAGCCCCCUGGACGACUGCAGCGUCUACUACCACGGCUGCCACCUCAACGGGAAGAGCACCCACUACCACUGCAUGCAGGUGGGCUGUAACAAGGUGUACACGAGCACGUCAGACGUGAUGACCCACGAGAACUUCCACAAGAAGAACACGCAGCUCAUCAACGACGGCUUCCAGCGCUUCCGCGCCACCGAGGACUGCGGCACGACUGACUGCCAGUUCUACGGGCAGAAGACCACGCACUUCCACUGCAGGCGCCCUGGCUGCACAUUCACCUUCAAGAACAAGUGUGACAUCGAGAAGCACAAGAGCUACCACAUCAAGGACGACGCCUACGCCAAGGACGGCUUCAAGAAGUUCUACAAGUACGAGGAGUGCAAGUAUGAGGGCUGCGUGUACAGCAAGGCCACCAACCACUUCCACUGCAUCCGCGCCGGCUGCGGCUUCACCUUCACCUCCACCAGCCAGAUGACCUCGCACAAGCGCAAGCACGAGCGGCGCCACAUCCGCUCCUCGGGUGUGCUGGGGCUGCCGCCCUCGCUGCUGGGCACCAAGGACACGGAGCACGAGGAGUCAAGCAACGACGACCUGGUCGACUUCUCUGCCCUGAGCAGCAAGAACUCCAGCCUGAGCGCCUCCCCCACCAGCCAGCAGUCCUCCGCCUCCCUGGCCACCGCCACCGCCCCUGCCCCUGCCGAGGCCGUGCCCAGUGCCACUAAGCCUCCCAACAGCAAGAUCUCGGGGCUGCUGUCCCAGGGCCUGCCCAGCUCCAUCCCCCUGGCGCUGGCCCUCUCCAACUCCGGGCUGCCCUCUGCUGCGCCCUACUUCCCCAUCCUUCCAGGCCGGGGGAGCGCCUCCCUGCCUGUGGGCGCCCCCGGCCUCAUGGGGGCCAUGUCGUCUGGGGCAGCAGCCUCGGCAACCCCUGACAUGCCCGCUCUGGCUGCCUCGGGAGCUGGUGACUCCGCCCCGGCGGCUGCCACCUCUGUCCCGGUGCCACCCGCCUCCAUCAUGGAGAGGAUCUCUGCAAGCAAGGGCCUCAUCUCGCCCAUGAUGGCCAGGCUGGCCGCGGCUGCCCUCAAGCCCUCUGCCACCUUUGACACAGGAAACGGGCAGCAGGCCACCCCCGCCAGGUUCCCCCCAGCUCCCGUGAAGCAGGAGCCCGGUGAGAACGCUGGCGCCCCAGGUCCCCACGAGGCCUCCCAGGACCGCAGUUUAGACCUGACUGUGAAGGAGCCCAGUAAUGAAUCAAAUGGCCACGCAGUCCCGGCAAAUUCAUCUCUUUUAUCCUCGCUUAUGAAUAAGAUGUCUCAGGGCAACCCCAACCUCGGCAGCCUGUUGAACAUCAAGACUGAAGCAGAGGGGAGCCCCGCUGUGGAGCCCUCACCCUUCCUGGGCAAGGCUGUGAAGGCGCUGGUUCAGGAGAAGCUGUCAGAGCCCUGGAAGGUGUACCUUCGCAGGUUUGGUACCAAGGACUUCUGUGAUGCCCAGUGUGACUUCCUCCACAAGGCCCACUUCCACUGCGUGGUGGAGGAGUGUGGCGCGCUCUUCAGCACCCUGGACGGGGCCAUCAAGCAUGCCAAUUUCCACUUCCGGACAGAGGGAGGAGCAGCGAAAGGAAACGCAGAGGCUUCCUUCCCAGCCUCGGCUGCUGAGACCAAACCUUCCUUGGCCCCCUCGUCCCCCCCAGCACCUCCUGUCACCACGGCCACUGUUUCCUCUCUGGAGGGGCCCACUCCCAGCCUGGCCGCCGUGCCCUCCACCCCAACCCUGCUCGCCUGGAAGCAGCUGGCUUCCACCAUACCCCAGAUGCCUCAGAUUCCAGCGUCAGUGCCUCACCUGCCCACUUCACCCUUGGCAACGACUUCUCUAGAAAACGCCAAGCCCCAGGUCAAACCCGGAUUCCUCCAGUUCCAGGAGAACGAUCCUUGCCUCACGACGGACUGCAAGUAUGCCAACAAGUUCCACUUCCACUGUCUCUUUGGGAACUGCAAGUACGUCUGCAAAACUUCCGGCAAGGCCGAGUCCCACUGCCUGGACCACAUCAACCCCAACAACAACCUGAUGAACGUGCGAGACCAGUUUGCUUACUACUCCCUUCAGUGUCUCUGUCCCAACCAGCACUGUGAGUUCCGGAUGCGUGGGCACUACCACUGUCUCCGGACCGGCUGCCACUUUGUGACCAACAUCACCACCAAGCUGCCCUGGCACAUCAAGAAGCACGAGAAAGCCGAGCGGCGGGCAGCCAACGGAUUCAAGUACUUCACCAAGCGUGAGGAGUGCGGCCGGCUAGGCUGCAAGUACAACCAGGUGAACAGCCACUUCCACUGCAUCCGGGAGGGCUGCCAGUUCUCCUUCCUCCUCAAGCACCAGAUGACCUCCCACGCCCGGAAGCACAUGCGGAGGAUGCUGGGGAAGAACUUCGAUCGCGUGCCCCCCUCCCAGGGCCCCCCGAGCCUGAUGGACACAGAGACAGACGAGUACAUGGAUUACACUGGCUGCAGCCCGGGCGCCGUGUCCUCCGAGUCAUCCACCAUGGACCGAAGCUGCUCCAGCACCCCUGUGGGCAAUGAGAGCACCGCAGCAGGGAACACCAUCUCCAUGCCGACAGCCUCGGGGGCCAAAAAGCGCUUCUGGAUCAUUGAGGACAUGUCGCCGUUUGGCAAGCGGCGCAAGACGGCCUCCUCUCGCAAGAUGCUGGACGAGGGCAUGAUGCUGGAGGGCUUCCAGCGCUUCGACCUCUACGAGGACUGCAAGGACGCGGCCUGCCAGUUCUCGCUCAAGGUCACCCACUACCACUGCACGCGCGAGAACUGCGGCUACAAGUUCUGCGGGCGCACGCACAUGUACAAGCACGCGCAGCACCACGACCGCGUGGACAACCUCGUGCUGGACGACUUCAAGCGCUUCAAGGCCUCGCUCAGCUGCCACUUCGCCGACUGCCCCUUCUCGGGCACCAGCACGCACUUCCACUGCCUGCGCUGCCGCUUCCGCUGCACCGACAGCACCAAGGUCACGGCGCACCGCAAGCACCACGGCAAGCAGGACGUGAUCAGCGCCGCGGGCUUCUGCCAGUUCAGCUCGAGCGCCGACUGCGCCGUGCCCGACUGCAAGUACAAGCUCAAGUGCUCGCACUUCCACUGCACCUACCCGGGCUGCCGCCACACGGUCGUGGGCAUGUCGCAGAUGGACUCGCACAAGCGCAAGCACGAGAAGCAGGAGCGCGGCGAGCCGCCCGCCGCCUCCCCCGGCCCGGCCAUCAGCCUGGACGGCUCGCUGUCGCUGGGCGCCGAGCCGGGCGGCUCCCUGCUCUUCCUGCAGACGGCCGCCACCGGCCUGGGCCUCGGGCUGGGCGACGCGGGCGACCCCGGCCCGCCCGACGCCCCCGGGGCCCGCGACGGCCCCGCCGCGCCCGCGCCCGCGCCCGGCCCCGCCGCGGCCGGGGACUCGUCGCAGGAGGACGAGGAGGAGGAGCUGGAGCUGAACGAGGAGGAGGCGGAUGACGACGACGAGGACGACGACGACGAGGACGACGACGACGAGGACGACGACGACGACGAGGACCUGCGCACCGACUCGGAGGAGUCGCUGCCCGAGGCGGCGGCGGGCCCGGGGGCGCGGAGCCCGGAGCUGGCGGCCCUCGGCGCCCCCCGCGCCGCCCGCGCCCGCCGCCGCCUCGCCCUGACCCCGGGCCGGCCGCCGAGGGGAAGGGGCCACGCCCGCCCGCCCCGGGAUCCUGCCUCUUGAUUAUGUUGUUGUUAAUUUUGUAAGGAGUGGUAUUUAUAUGUAAAGCUUCCCUCUGUACAGAGCUAGGUGUUCGUUGUGGUCCCGGCGUCGGGAGGCGCUCCGGCUCGGGCCUCCCCCGCCGCCAGGUGGGCCCGCCGGCCCCGCCGGUGCUUCCGGACCCCGAGUCCGUCUCAGGACAGAGGCGGGGGGCCCCCUCUGGUGCUCCGGGGCCGCCCCGCGCCCGCCCGCAGCUCAGCGGCUGCAAGGACAGAGGCUGCCGAACGACCCUUUUCUAGCUGCAGUUGGGGGAUCUUCUUCAGGGAAAUAGAAGGUGCUCUUGUCCGGGGUGGGGACGGGGAGCGGGGUCCCCGAGGGCGAGGCGGGCGCGGACACCGGGCAGCUGCCCCAAGCGCCCCUCCCCGCGGCCGGACCCCGGACUCCACGACCACGCCGGUGGGAUUCCUCAUUGCUCAGGACUGGGACGGGCGCGGGGGUCACUGCGACCCCCACCCCUAACCACCAGAGGCGGGCCGGCACCUGUGGCAUCUGGCAGGGCCUCCCGUUCAUGCAGCUAAGACUCUCCCUCCUUCCCCGGGGGAGGGCGGGGCAGCAGGCGUCAGCACGGGUGACACUACAGGGACCGUGGAGGAAACCUCAUGGAAUUAGCAGAGCCGGGAGCUCCGGGCCACUCUGCCCCCACUGCCGGCCUGGCCGGGAACCUGCGCCGCGAGCUGGGCCCGGGAAGGGCGCACCUCGGCCUGCCUGGUGCCUCCCAGAGCCCAGCCUCCGCCCAGUGCAAGGGAGGCUGAGUUCGUCGCAAACGGAAGAGCAGCCAGCGCCGGGGUGCUGGGCCCGCGGGGGGUCUCAGCCCCCCAGGUGGUGGGAACAGGAAGGAUGCGACUGUUUGGGGCUUUAAUAUUCAAAAUGGAAAAAAAUGCGAGAAAGUUGUACAGUAUUUUUCCAGUGAAGGUUAUUAUUCUACAUAGAACAAAAAGAAAAAACAGCAGGCGGGCAGUGAGCGCCCAGACCCGCCUCCGGACCAGCCCUGAGGUUGGAGACCCAGUGCAAUUGCUCACAUGGGGGUGUGUUUAGCAUUCAUUGUAGAGGCCUUGCCAGUUGGAGGCUGUCUUUCUUUAGCACUGAUGGGAGCUGCGUGAUUCCAACUUUUAACUUGAAUUUUGUGGAGACAAGAAAAAAGGACUAUUACUGUUGAUACAAGUUUGUAGUUAAUUUAACAUUUGAGUUUUUCUCUAUUGGUUAUGCGUGUGGCUUUAGAGGGCUUUUUUUUUCCAGUUUGUUUUAUUAUUUUGUUUGGGAUGCUUCUUUGCUGGUGCAACCCACCCAGAUUUGGUUCCCUUUUCAACACAUCCCCC